CUCAAUAGUUGUUUCUCUCCCUACAAGCCCACCUUAUCCUCCCUCUCUCUACCAUAAUUUGACCUAUCUUUUUCUCUCUCUACCUAUCCCAACCUCUCUACAUCGUACUCUAAUUUUGUCAUUUGGCCCAGUUUAUAUCUAUCUCUCUUACAUACUCACACCUUUGGGCCCUGGGGUUUUGGGGGCCAACCCAAUAACAGUAAUUGGCUUUACAGCAUUUGAAUGGAGAUGGAAGGGGGAAGGUGGAGCAUGAACCAGCCUCCAACUUAUGGAGAGAUGAUAACAAUUCUAAGCAUCGAUGGAGGUGGAAUAAGAGGGACUAUCCCCGCUACGAUCCUCAGCUUCCUCGAGCACCAGCUCCAAAUAUUGGAUGGUGAAGAUGUAAGAAUUGCUGAUUACUUCGACGUGAUCGCCGGGACAAGCACUGGAGGCCUAGUAACAGCCAUGCUCGCCACCCCAGGGAAAGAUAAUCGCCCUCUUUAUGCCGCAAAGGACAUUCCUACGUUUUACCUUGAACAUUGUCCUAAGAUCUUUCCUCAAUCAAGUGGAGUUCUGGCGUCGACCACGAAGCUUUGGGGAGUCGUAUCUCGGCCAAAAUAUGACGGAAAGUAUCUUCAUGACCUCAUCAGACGUGAGUUGGGAGAUAAGAAGUUACACCAGACUUUAACCAACAUUGUCGUCCCUACGUUUGACAUUAGAAUCAUGCAACCAGCUGUCUUUUCCACUUAUCAGUUAAGAGAUUACAGUAUCAAGGAUGCGUUACUAUCAGACAUUUGCAUCAGCACAUCAGCCGCACCAACAUACCUUCCCGCCCAUUACUUUGAGACCAUGGGGUCUGAUGGGAUGGUGAAGAACUUCCAUUUGGUUGAUGGAGGGGUGGCUGCUAAUAAUCCUACACUUGUGGCUGUGGGCGAGGUUACGAGAGAGAUAUUUCGGAAGAACCCUGAUUUCUUCCCUAUCAAGCCCAUGGAUUAUGGUAGAUUUCUUGUGAUCUCUCUUGGCACUGGUUCUCCAAAAUCUACUGAUAACUAUAGUGCUAAAGAUGCGGCAAAGUGGGGUGUUCUAGGGUGGUUAUACCACAAUGGAGGCACUCCAUUAAUAGACACAUUUACUCAUGCUAGUUCCGACAUGGUAGAUUUCCAUCUCUCUGUGGUCUUCCGAGCUCUUCAUUCUGAACGUAAUUAUCUUCGCAUUCAAGGUGAUACAUUAACUGGCCAUGCAUCCUCUGUUGACAUCGCAACCAAAGAAAAUCUGGAAAAUCUUGUGAUGAUCGGUAGUGAUCUCCUGAAAAAACCAGUCUCUAGGUUAAAUAUGGAGACUGGUCUGUUUGAACCAGUAGAAGGUGAAGGAACUAAUGAGCAAGCAUUAACCAGGUUUGCUAAGUUGCUGUCGGAUGAGAGAAGACUCCGUAUGCAACGAUCACCCCACAGCCCCUCCAUCAAAUAAUACAUCAUGCCAUUGUUAAAAAAAAGAAAAGAA